AUGACUCAAUCAUCGCUGACUGUUCCCAAAGGCGGAUCCUCCACUGUGCGCAGCAAGCUUGAAUUGGAAGACGAGAUCAUCCGGAUCCCGGACUGCGAUCUCGACGCUGUUGCAGACCGCUUUCGUCUGACGCUCAUCGGGCGUGUCUUCAAUCUCCAAGGACGAAGCAUCAAUGCCCUGAUCCACCUCCUUCCCCGCAACAGGAUUUGGAACGUCGAAGGUCGAGUUCGUGGGAUCAAUCUUGGCAACGGAUGUUUCUAUGAAUCCUUCCCCAACAACAUCCUUUUAUGGAUCAGUGUAACAGUAGUCCCAGUUCAUUUCUGGAAUGAUCCGACGUUCAUCGCGAUCUCUAAACCUCUAGGAACUUUGACCUCCCUAGACUCAAAAAGGGCAAGGUUUCAAGUCUCUGUCAAUGUUAACAUGCCUUUACAAUUCGAGCGGCGUAUUGAAUUCCCAAACGGAGAUAUCGAAAGGGUUUCCUUCACUUACGAGGGCCUUCACCGAUACUGUUUCACUUGCCACAUGAUCUCACCCGACGAGAAUGCAUGCCCUCAAGUUACUCCGGAGGAACGAGAACACAAAAGGCAGCAACGAGCAGAGCUCAGCGCUCAAGGGGACCCACCCUCUCUCCUGGGAUCUCAAAAUUGGCGUCCCCGUUCACCACCAAGGACUGACCUGCUCACAGCCAGGACGCUAGCUCCUUCUCGCACCUCCCACCAGAAACAAGAUGCCCCUGCUCGAGCUGCCUCAGACUCUCAACGAACCAUCUCAGAGCAGUUUGGCCAACUAGAGCUGUGUGAAAUAAACACGAGUAAUCAACCUAAGAGUCCAACCGCUGAAACUGCUGAAGACUGCCUACGACGUAUCAAGGGAAAAUCCCAUAUCACUGAUACCCCCACCUCCCGUGAUCGUGAACCUCAUAACCGAUCCUCUUCUCUCACCAUCCGAGGACAACAAGAAAACGACCUCAUGGUUCCCCAAUCCAAUCAAGCUCAGAAGGACGUUGCUACUUCUCCUAUUCAUACAAACAAGGUCUCUAAGAAUCUGGAUAUCGACCUAGAUAUUGACUUUGGACAAGAUUUCGACAUUUCCCUCACUGAGGAUGAGCUCGCCCUGGUUGAUAGCACGGCCACGGAAACAGAACACCUAGAAAUGGAUGCAGAGAUGCUGGAUAACAACGAUCUCCUUGACGAAACUCCAGAUGACAACGCAGAAAAAAUCGACGCCAACUCCCAACUCUCUCUCCAGCAAAUGCUGAGCCCACAAUAG